AUGAUCCAAGGUCAAAGAGAUUAUCAACAAGAAGGUGAUUUUUAUAAGGUUUUAUCGAGCCUACCGUCAUAUUCUUUUGUUGUACCUAAGAGUCUUGUGGAAAACAAUGGAUCUUUAAUGAUAAAUUUGAAACUUUUCAAGAUUUUACAGGAUGAUAAUAAUGAAAAAUCCUUGAAAUUCAUCCUAAAGCAUCUUGAACAUAACUUACAUCAUGAAUUGAUUGAGUUCUUUGUGUAUAAGAACAUAGGGAAUUAUUUUGUCACGCCAUUUCUUCAAAAAAUCUUCCAUAGUUAUGAUGAUUUUGUGUUAAGUAAUGAAAUAUGGUCAAUUUAUAUGACUUCAGUGUGUCAACAGAUGAGUUUAGAAGGAGCAAAAUUGAUUUAUCAUAAUGUCAUAGAUAAUUAUCGAUUAUAUGAAGAUUUAGAGGUUGAAAUUGAGGAAUUAUUGAAUCCACAAAUAGAAAGUUUACAGAUAGAAAGUUUACAAACAGAAAGUUUACAAAAACAAAAUCCACAAACCCAAACCCAAAUCCCACAAACAGAAAGUUUACAAACCCAAAUUCCACAAAUCCAAUCACAAACUCAUUAUCCCUUCCUAAUAACCCCACAAUCACUCGAACAGUUAUCAACGAUUUUCCUCAUCCAUAAUAAACCCGGUUAUAUCGAUGGACUCAUUCAUUAUUUUAAACAAUUCUAUUCCAUUCAUGGCCAUAAAGAUUGUUAUAAGCAUCUUUUAAUCUCCCUGAUUGAAAGUUAUAGUAAAAAAUGUAAUGUCCACAAAGCCAUGGAAACAUUCAUUACCUUAAGUAAUCAUUACAAAUAUUCCCGUAAUGCCGUCAUUGUAAAUAAUCAACUCCAAAAAUCAAAAGACCACAAUUGUGAUAUAUCCAGAAUUCCUGUAUUUAAGAAAUCCAUCCCUUUGAAUGAAUUACCCAUGUUUUGUAAACUUAUCAAUCGAAUUCUCCGUCAACGAGUUACUGCCAAACCGUUGAACUUCAUCAAUUGGAUAACUUCAACUCAUUUUAACCUUACUAGGUUCUUAGUAAAAGAACUCACAUCAUUGGCCAGCUUCCAAGAUGCGUUAAUAGUGAUGAGUAUGGCACCUAGAAAGACAGGUACUCGUAUAAAAGACAUUUUCUCCGAUGACAUGUUCCUCCAUAUAAUGAAGAACCUCAAAUUACAUAUACAUCAGCAUGGACGGUCGUAUAAAAGGCUUUAUCAUCGUCAUAAUCAACCUUUAAUGACUUUGAAUGAAACUUUUACUGUCGUCCCUAAAUUUAUGAAGAUUUUCAUCCAAUUCAAACACCAGGAGUUCGAAUCCACCACCAUGUUUCGUCAUUACUUGGAGAUAAUAGUUCACGAUCCGGAGUUUCAUAACGAUUUGAUAGAUAAAAUCAUUCCUAUAGUGGUAGAAAGGGGAUUAAUCGUGGAAUUGGGUAGUAAAGAGUAUAAGAAAUUGGUAUCGGUGUAUCCGUUAGAGGAUAGUAUAUUUAAAGAUCAUAUAAGACUUGUAUAUAAUGCAUAG